UAAAGUACAGAUAUCCCAAAAAACUACUUCAGUAGUACUUUAAAGUAUUUUUACUUAAGUACUUUACACCACUGGGACUUUGUCUUGGAUUAUGAGACGCAUCAUAUGACAGAUCCCUGAUAUCAGUUUACAUAAUAGCUACAGCAUUCCUGCAAACGGUCAAACAUAUAGAUUGCUUGUUAUGUUAGCCUGAGUUUGGAUUUUAGAUACAGUUGUUUGUCCAACCCCUUGUCACACCUCUACCAUAACCUGGAUUUGUACUGUAUGACUUUGGAGAGGACGAGUGAGUCAUAGAUGGUGUCUAAAUUGGCAUCAAUAAGCUGAUUAGUAACAGUAUUGUGGGCAUUAUAAACAGCACUGCCUCAAUGUGGUAUUUGGAGGCAUUCAUUAACCAUUGGACCAGACAGUAACUGGGCCUGAAGUGUCCCCUGGUUCUGAAUAUGUGCACAUGAGAUCUGAGUGUGUUUGUGUUAUCAGAGAAUGUUGGUGUCCAGGCCUAUAUUAAUGUGAUGAUAGGUUACAGUUGUACUUGACUGAGAGAGCUAGGUUGUAGCUAUGCGGACGGUGUUGUGGUUUCGCCCCGCAACAAUGUCAACCCUAUUGUUGCCGUUGCUGCUAUUGCUGAGCACCUUAUGCAGGCUGGGACAGUCUAUGUCACGAGAGGAGAAGCUCAAGCUGAGGAACCAAGUGGUCGAGAUGUUUGACCAUGCUUAUUCCAAUUAUAUGGACCAUGCGUACCCAGCAGAUGAGCUGAUGCCGCUGACGUGUCGGGGGAGGGUGCGUGGGCUGGAGCCCAGUCGGGGAGACGUGGAUGAUGCACUGGGGAAUUUCUCUCUCACCCUCAUCGACACCUUGGACACUCUAGUGCUCUUAAACAAGACGACAGAGUUUGAAGAAGCAGUGAGGAGAGUGUUGACAGAUGUGCGACUGGACAAUGACAUCGUGGUGUCUGUCUUUGAGACCAACAUCCGUGUGCUGGGAGGGCUGCUAGGGGGACACUCCAUGGCGGUGAUGCUGAAGGAUGCAGGGCAUCACAUGCAGUGGUACCAGGAUGAGCUCCUCCACAUGGCCAAAGACGUGGGUCUCAGACUCCUGCCUGCCUUCAACACCAGCAGUGGCCUGCCCUACCCCAGGGUAAACUUGAGGCAUGGCAUCAGGGGUCCUGAGAGUCGGACGGGCACAGAGACGGACACCUGCACAGCUUGUGCUGGCACAAUUAUCCUGGAGUUCGCUGCCUUGAGUCGCUUCACUGGGGACCCUGUGUUUGAGGUCCAUGCACGGAGAGCCCUCGACUUCCUGUGGGAGAAGAGGCAGAGGAAUAGCAACCUGGUGGGAACAACCAUCAACAUCCACUCAGGAGAGUGGGUCCGCAGGGACAGCGGAGUGGGAGCAGGGAUCGACUCGUAUUAUGAGUACCUGCUGAAGGCCUAUAUUCUCCUGGGAGAUGACCUGUUUCUGCAGCGCUUCAACAUUCACUAUGCGUCUAUAAUGAAGUACAUCAGCCAGCCUCCUCUCCUGCUGGACGUUCACAUCCACAAGCCUCUGCUGCCUGCUCGCACCUGGAUGGACUCCCUCCUGGCCUUCUUCCCUGGGCUGCAGGUGUUGAAGGGAGAUAUCCGGCCGGCCAUUGAGACCCAUGAGAUGCUGUAUCAAGUCACCAAGAAACACAACUUCCUCCCAGAGGCAUUCACCACUGAUUUCAGGGUACAUUGGGCUCAGCAUCCACUAAGACCUGAGUUUGCAGAGAGUACCUAUUUCCUGUACAAGGCUACCAAAGACCCCUACUACCUGGAGGUAGGCCGCACGGUGCUGGACAACCUGAACCGCUUUGCCCGGGUCCCCUGUGGCUUUGCUGCCAUGAAGGACGUUCGCACCGGGAGCCACGAGGACCGAAUGGACUCCUUCUUCCUGGCAGAGAUGUUCAAGUACCUGUUCCUGCUGUUUGCAGAAGAGGAAGAUCUGCCGUUUAAUGUUGAGGACUAUAUCUUCACCACCGAGGCACACCUUCUGCCCCUGUCCCUGUCCACUGCCCCUCGCGCCCCCUCUCCUCCUGCCAACACCACAGUACAGGCUGCAUCUCUGCCUCAUCUUUCCGCCUGUGUCAAAUCUCUUUGGUCAGAGGAAGAGCUGGAUGACUCUAACUUUGAUUGGACCUGCCCCAACACACGCCUCCUUUUCCCCGACCCCGCCUUCCCACAGAACCUCAGAGAUCCAAUCAGGAGUGCUGUGGACAAGAGUUGUCCCCGUCCUGCCAUUCACUGUGAGCCAGGAAUGGGUCGCCCCCCUCUGAGGGCUCAGGACUUCAUGGCCAACAACCCCGACCACCUGGAGCUGCUGAGGAGGAUGGGAGUCAGUCUUAUACACCUUAAGGACGGCAGAGUGCAGCUGGUCCAACACGCUACACAGGCGGUCAGUGCUGUGGCAGCAGAGGACGGGAUGCGCUUCAUGCAGGAGAUGAUGGAGCUGUCCAGCCAGCAGCAGAAGGAGCAGCUCCCUCCGCGCGCCGUGCAGAUCGUCUCCCACCCCUUCUCCGGCAGAGUGGUGCUGACCUCUGGCCCAGCGCAGUUUGGCACGGACCUUUCCAAGAGCAUCACGGGGGUUCGUGGGUUUGUGACAGUGGCUGAGCCCUACAGUGGCUGUGCAGAACUGAGCAACGCUGCCUUUGUACAGGGCCGCAUUGCUCUGCUGCAGCGGGGCCAGUGUAUGUUUGCUGAGAAGGCCAGACACAUCAUGAAGGCUGGGGCCAUCGGAGGCAUCGUCAUCGAUGACAACGAGGGUAGCAGCAGUGACACGGCUCCCCUCUUCCAGAUGGCCGGCGACGGCCGCAACACAGACGAUGUCACUUUGCCCCUCCUCUUCCUCUUCUACAAGGAAGGCAACAUCCUGCUGGAGGCUCUCAAGGAGUACAGGGAGGUGGAGGUUCUGCUGAGCGACAAGGCCAGAGACAGAGCCUCUAUAUUCAAAAGUAAACCUCUCCCUGGCAUCCUGCUGGAAAGCAGGAGGGAUAUUCAGGAGGAGGAGGAAGACUGUUCAACAGACCAAACUUCACCUGUCCCCGCCGCAACUCUCGACCAGUCGUACGUGAGGACUGUGGAGCUGGACGAAUCAGCUCCCCACAAUGAGGAAGUGACUCCUGAGGAGGAUGUGGGACCUGCCAUUAAGAGGAACCCUGAGCCAGAGGAGGAGCCUGCAGUUGACAAGGACUCUAGCAGAAAAUCAGUGGAGGCCAUGAUGGCUGAUUGGCGGGAGGACUUAGAAGCGUUUCAGCAGAUGGAGGAUGAGCUUUGACAACUUCCACAGUUCCUCCUCUGGUCUGUCCCAGCCACAGUACAGGCCUGGGGUCAGCGGACUGUGCCUCAUAAAGGAUAAGGUUUUAGUGGGGAGAUGUUCUGAUAAGGAACGGUUAACAGGGUGGAAUACAGUGACUUCUGCUCUUUCUCUCUCCACCUGUCUCUAGUUUCUCAGGUCAACGUGCCAGUUGCUCCCCUGGCGUUCAUCUGCCCCUGUCAGAUCUCUGAUUCUGGGGGUCUACUCAGCCAAUCUCUAUUAGCUCAUAACCGAAUAGACUGCAGCCCAGAUAUCUACUGUCUGGCAGCAUGGACCUCUCUGAUCAACUCUCACUAUUUUCUGGUCUUGUCUUAUUUUCACAUAUUGUCUUCCUCCAAAUGCAUUUCUAGGUCACUGACAUAUGGGAGCAGAUUCCAAAUGCUGGUUGAAUAAUAAUCCACUGACUGACUGACUGAUUGGUUUAUUUAACUGUAAUGAUUAACUGAUAAGUUGUUGGAACAUUUACUAUUUUAUUUUGUGGCCGUAAUUUGUGGGGUCAAUAUUAAACUACCUGACUGUGAGGGACUGCAGUGAGAAGCAGUCUAAAAAAGGCUAGUGCUGAGAAUCACUUAGCACUGGCGCUCUCCAGAAAGAUACAAAGUUAUGUGUGACUGUAAAUAUGUAUUUGUCAGUUAUUUCCACAAUGGUUUGAAAUACAGUGCUGCUUUGCUCAGGUUCUGGUUGGUAUGAGAGAUCACCCUUCUGUUCCACAUGGGAUGAACAUGCCCUACCCUAGAGGGCAGACGGUACCACCAGCUGGCCAGCAGAGGGGAUCCUUGUUUGAGGCAUCUUACUGGUCUGACUGGAACUUGUUUACGUACUGGAAGACCAAGCAAACAAAAAAGCCAACCACAUAAUGAACUUUAAUAAAAAAUUGAUAAGGAAAUUAAAAA